GGCGGGCGAGAGCGGCGCGGGGCCGAGCAGAGGCGAGGCCGGGCGGCGGCAUCAGGGGAGAACGUGGGGCGACGGCGAUUGAGGCGGCGGGAGCGGUGUCCGCCGUUGACUGCUGCCGCUGCUGAAGGCGGCGGCAACAACGACAAAUAUCGCGAGAGGUAGCGCGGCGCCGGCGUUAGAGGUGACCGAGACAGCGGCGGCCCCGGCUACCUCCUCCUCUUUCCUCACCGGGAGCCGGUGCUGAGCGAGGCGGAUCGGCGGUCAUGGAGAAAGCGGCCAGCGCGGCGGCGGCGGCGGUAGCGGCGGCGGCUGAGGGAGGCGGUGACGGCGGCGACGCCGGGAGCGCCACGGCGGGGCCCGGUCCCCCUGAGGAGCAGAACGGCGGCGCUGGCAGCUCGCCGCCGUCGUGCCCACCCGGGGCGGCGGCGGCAACGGGGCCGCGGGGGCUGGUGCGAGUGUGCGACCUCCUGCUGAAGAAGAAGGCACCGGGCAAGGCGAAGCGGAGCGGGCGGGCAGGCCGGCCGGCCAGCAGCAGCGAGAGCGGCGGCGGCGGCAGCGAGAGCAGCAACAACGGCAGCGAGGAGGAGGAGGAGGAGGAAGAUGAGGAAGAGGAGGAAGAAGAAGAGGUCUCUGAGGUGGAAUCCUUUAUCUUGGAUCAGGAUGAUCUUGAAAACCCCAUGUUGGAAACCGCUUCUAAACUGCUUCUGUCAAGUACUGCCGAUGGUGCUGACCUGAGAACAGUGGAUCCAGAAACCCAGGCAAGAUUAGAAGCUUUGCUUGAAGCUGCAGGAAUAGGCAAGCUGUCCACAGCUGAUGGUAAAGCCUUUGCAGACCCCGAGGUGCUCCGCAGGCUGACGUCGUCGGUCAGCUGCGCGUUGGAUGAAGCUGCCGCUGCGCUGACCCGGAUGAGAGCAGAGAGCACAGCCAGCGCAGGGCAGACGGACAACCGCAGCUUGGCCGAGGCCUGCUCCGAAGGAGAUGUGAACGCUGUGCGCAAGCUGCUGAUCGAAGGACGCAGUGUCAACGAGCACACGGAGGAAGGGGAAAGCCUCCUUUGCUUGGCCUGCUCAGCAGGGUAUUAUGAGCUUGCACAGGUUCUGCUGGCAAUGCAUGCUAAUGUGGAGGACCGUGGCAUUAAAGGAGACAUCACACCUUUAAUGGCUGCUGCUAAUGGGGGACACGUCAAAAUUGUCAAGCUGCUGCUAGCUCAUGGUGCUGAUGUCAAUGCACAGUCAUCAACAGGCAACACAGCCCUGACUUAUGCCUGUGCUGGAGGCUACGUGGAUGUUGUGAAGGUCCUGCUGGAGUCUGGUGCUAGCAUUGAGGACCACAAUGAGAAUGGCCACACUCCUCUGAUGGAAGCAGGAAGUGCUGGACACGUGGAGGUGGCCAGAGUGCUGCUGGAGAAUGGAGCAGGCAUCAACACCCACUCCAAUGAGUUCAAGGAGAGCGCACUGACGCUGGCCUGCUACAAAGGCCAUCUAGAAAUGGUGAGAUUCCUGCUGGAAGCUGGUGCAGACCAGGAACACAAGACAGAUGAGAUGCACACUGCUCUGAUGGAGGCUUGCAUGGAUGGUCAUGUGGAGGUGGCAAGGUUGCUUCUUGACAGUGGAGCUCAAGUGAACAUGCCUGCUGACUCUUUUGAGUCUCCACUGACAUUGGCAGCUUGUGGUGGGCACGUGGAGCUGGCAGCUUUGCUCAUUGAGCGGGGAGCCAACCUGGAAGAGGUAAAUGAUGAAGGAUACACACCGCUGAUGGAAGCAGCCAGAGAAGGGCACGAAGAGAUGGUGGCACUCUUGCUUGGUCAAGGAGCAAACAUCAACGCUCAGACAGAGGAGACGCAGGAAACGGCACUGACUCUGGCGUGCUGCGGAGGCUUCUUGGAGGUGGCUGAUUUUCUGAUUAAAGCAGGAGCUGACAUAGAGCUUGGUUGUUCCACACCUUUGAUGGAGGCUGCUCAAGAGGGUCACUUGGAGCUGGUUAAAUAUUUAUUAGCUGCAGGGGCCAAUGUGCACGCAACAACGGCCACGGGGGACACGGCGCUGACCUAUGCCUGUGAGAAUGGCCACACUGAUGUGGCAGAUGUCCUGCUGCAGGCAGGGGCAGAUCUGGAGCAUGAAUCAGAAGGUGGAAGAACUCCUCUGAUGAAAGCUGCGAGGGCAGGUCAUGUUUGCACUGUGCAGUUCUUGAUCAGCAAAGGAGCAAAUGUGAAUAGGACCACAGCUAACAACGAUCACACAGUACUGUCACUGGCCUGUGCUGGAGGUCACCUGGCAGUUGUGGAGUUACUGCUAGCUCAUGGUGCUGAUCCCACACACAGAUUGAAGGAUGGCUCAACAAUGUUAAUAGAGGCAGCAAAAGGUGGUCACACCAGCGUGGUUUGUUACCUCCUAGAUUACCCAAACAACUUGCUUUCUGCUCCUCCACCUGAUGCUACUCAGCUGACCCCACCAUCCCAUGAUUUAAAUAGGGCUCCUCGUGUACCAGUGCAGGCGCUGCCCAUGGUCGUCCCACCCCAGGAGCCUGACAAACCCCCUGCUAAUGUCGCCACAACCCUUCCCAUCAGAAAUAAAGCUGCUUCUAAACAAAAGUCCAGCAGUCAUUUGCCAGCAAACAACCAGGAUGUACAGGGUUACAUCACCAAUCAGUCUCCAGAGAGCAUUGUAGAAGAGGCUCAGGGCAAGUUGACAGAGCUGGAGCAGAGGAUAAAAGAAGCCAUAGAGAAGAACGCUCAGCUGCAGUCCCUGGAAUUGGCACACGCUGACCAGCUCACCAAAGAGAAGAUUGAGGAGCUGAACAAAACCAGAGAGGAACAAAUCCAGAAGAAACAAAAGAUUUUGGAGGAACUGCAGAAAGUGGAGCGAGAGUUACAGCUGAAAACUCAGCAGCAGCUGAAAAAGCAAUAUCUAGAGGUAAAGGCGCAAAGGAUUCAGCUCCAGCAGCAGCAGCAGUCUUGCCAGCACCUGGGACUACUGACUCCUGUUGGGGUAGGAGAGCAACUCUCAGAGGGAGACUAUGCACGAUUGCAGCAAGUGGACCCCAUCUUGCUCAAAGAUGACCCCCAGCAAGCUGCUGCGCAGACGGGUUUUGCACCAAUUCAGCCUCUGGCCAUGCCACAAGCUCUGCCUCUGGCAGCAGGUUCCUUACCUGCAGGGUCCAUCGCAAAUCUUACAGACCUGCAAGGUGUAAUAGUUGGACAGCCAGUGCUGGGCCAAGCACAACUAGCAGGGCUGGGGCAAGGAAUACUGACAGAAACACAGCAAGGGUUAAUGGUAGCCAGCCCUGCUCAGACGCUCAAUGACACGCUGGAUGACAUCAUGGCAGCAGUGAGUGGAAGAGCAUCUGCAAUGUCAAACACUCCUACCCACAGCAUUGCAACUUCUGUCUCCCAACCUCAGACACCAACUCCGAGUCCCAUCAUUUCUCCUUCAGCCAUGCUCCCAAUGUACCCUGCUAUAGAUAUCGAUGCCCAGACUGAGAGUAACCAUGACACAGCUUUGACUCUUGCUUGUGCUGGUGGCCACGAAGAGCUGGUGCAGACCCUGCUAGAGAGAGGAGCCAACAUAGAGCACAGGGACAAGAAAGGCUUCACUCCGCUGAUCUUGGCUGCCACAGCUGGCCACGUGGGAGUGGUUGAGAUCUUGCUGGAUAAUGGAGCUGAUAUUGAAGCCCAGUCGGAGAGAACCAAGGACACUCCCUUGUCUCUGGCUUGCUCAGGAGGAAGGCAAGAGGUGGUGGAGCUGCUGCUAGCUCGAGGGGCAAACAAAGAGCACAGGAAUGUUUCUGAUUACACACCCCUGAGCCUCGCCGCUUCUGGUGGCUACGUGAACAUUAUCAAGAUUCUGCUCAAUGCUGGGGCAGAAAUAAAUUCCAGAACUGGCAGCAAAUUGGGCAUUUCCCCCUUAAUGCUGGCAGCCAUGAAUGGGCACACGGCUGCUGUCAAGCUGCUACUGGACAUGGGCUCUGACAUCAAUGCCCAGAUAGAGACCAACAGGAAUACAGCACUGACUCUGGCCUGCUUCCAAGGGAGAACUGAAGUGGUCAGCCUGCUGCUUGAUAGAAAAGCUAAUGUGGAACACAGAGCUAAGACUGGUCUCACACCGCUAAUGGAAGCAGCUUCUGGUGGCUAUGCAGAAGUGGGCAGAGUUCUGCUGGACAAAGGUGCUGAUGUAAAUGCUCCUCCAGUCCCUUCCUCAAGAGAUACAGCUUUAACCAUUGCAGCAGACAAAGGGCACUACAAGUUCUGUGAGCUUCUCAUCAGCAGAGGAGCUCACAUCGACGUGCGGAACAAGAAGGGGAAUACUCCACUGUGGCUGGCAGCAAAUGGGGGGCAUCUAGAUGUUGUCCAACUGCUAGUUCAAGCUGGAGCUGAUGUAGAUGCUGCUGAUAACAGGAAAAUUACUCCUCUUAUGGCAGCCUUUCGAAAGGGUCAUGUCAAGGUGGUGCGUUACCUCGUGAAGGAAGUGAACCAGUUCCCGUCAGACUCGGAGUGCAUGAGGUACAUUGCCACCAUCACUGACAAGGAGAUGCUGAAGAAGUGCCACCUGUGUAUGGAAUCCAUUGUUCAAGCCAAAGAUAGACAGGCUGCUGAAGCCAACAAAAAUGCAAGCAUUCUUCUAGAAGAACUGGACUUGGAGAAGCUAAGGGAAGAAAGCAGGAGACUGGCUUUGGCUGCCAAGAGAGAGAAAAGGAAGGAGAAGAGGAGGAAGAAAAAAGAAGAACAGAGACGAAAACUAGAAGAAAUAGAGGCAAAGAAUAAAGAGAAUUUUGAACUGCAAGCUGCUCAGGAGAAAGAGAAGCUAAAAGCUGAAGAUGAUCCAGAGGUCCCAAUGGAGCCUCCCAGUGCUACCACUACAACCACCAUAGGUAUAUCAGCAACUUGGACGACGUUAGCAGGCUCCCAUGGGAAGAGGAACAACACCAUCACCACAGCCAGCUCCAAAAGGAAAAACAGGAAAAACAAAGUCACCCCUGACAAUGUUCAGAUCAUAUUUGAUGAUCAGCUCCCAAUCUCCUACAGCCAACCAGAGAAGGUGAACGGAGAAUCAAAGAGCAGCAGCACGAGCGAGAGUGGGGACAGCGACAACAUGAGGAUCUCCAGCUGCAGUGAUGAGAGCAGCAAUAGCAACAGCAGCCACAAAAGUGACAAUCAUUCCUCCACGGCUGGUACCAACACACAGAGCAACAAAAAGCAGCCCUCAGUUCUUGUCACUUGUCCCAAGGAUGAGAGGAAGGCAGUCACUGGCAAGUCAGCUAUCAAGCUGUCUGAAGUUAUGAACGAGGUUACGAGUAACUCCUUGUCCACGUGCACAAAAUCUGGGCCUUCUCCCCUUUCUUCUCCAAAUGGAAAGCUAACCAUUGCUAGUCCCAAACGUGGUCAGAAAAGGGAAGAAGGAUGGAAGGAAGUUGUGAGAAGAUCCAAGAAGGUUUCUGUGCCAUCAACUGUGAUUUCCAGAGUCAUUGGCAGAGGAGGCUGCAAUAUCAAUGCCAUCCGUGAGUGCACAGGAGCCCACAUAGACAUUGACAAGCAGAAGGACAAAACUGGGGACAGAAUCAUCACCAUAAGGGGUGGCACAGAGUCAACCAGGCAGGCCACGCAGCUGAUCAACGCCCUGAUCAAGGACCCCGAUAAGGAAAUCGAUGAGCUGAUCCCAAAGAACCGCUUGAAAAGCUCGGCUGCCAACUCCAAAAUGGGCUCAGCGACGCCUGCCGCCACCACAGCUGCUAACAGCUCCCUCGUGGGCAUCAAAGUGACCACCGUGGCCGCUUCCUCGGCGUCCCAGACGGGCUCGGCGCUGGCCGUGCCUGCCAUCUCCUCCGCAUCCACCCACAAAAGCAUCAAGAACCCGGUGACCAACGUGCGGCCUGGCUUCCAGGUGUCGCUGCCGCUGGCGUACCCUCCCCCGCAGUUUGCACACGCCUUGCUGGCUGCUCAGACCUUCCAGCAGAUCCGUCCGCCCCGCCUGCCCAUGACGCACUUCGGAGGUACCUUCCCACCGGCUCAGUCCACCUGGGGGCCCUUCCCCGUCAGGCCCCUGAGCCCCGCAAGAGCAACCAACUCGCCGAAACCUCACAUGGUGCCUCGCCACAGCAGCCAGAACAGCAGCGGUCCUCAGGUGAACUCAGCGACUUCUUUGACGACCAGUCCUACAGCUACGACAAGUUCAGUGGCUUCUACCGUGCCUGGUUCUUCUGCCAACGGCAGCCCCAGCUCCCCUUCGGUCAGGAGACAGCUUUUCGUCACGGUCGUGAAGACCUCCAACGCCACAACCACCACGGUGAUGACCACGGCCAGCAACACGAGCACGGCGCCGACCAACGCCACCUACCCAACUCCUACUGCCAAAGAACACUACCCUGCAUCCUCCCCCUCAUCUCCCUCUCCUCCUGCCCAGCCAGCAGGUGCUUCCAGGAGCAGUCCCUCCGACUGCGCCGCCGCCUCUCCUAACAAAGGUGCAGCUUCGUCCGAGCCCGACCCGGGCAGUCCCCCCGCGGCGGAGGCGAGCGGCGCGGCCGGCAGCAGGCAGCCCAGCUCCGCCGGUGGCGGUGGCGGUGGCGGCGGCGGCUCGGCCGUGCACCCUGCUCAUCAGCAGCCCCCAGGAGCUCCCCUGCCAGAGGCCAGGCCACCUCUCCAGCAACCUCAGGUUCCUGCGCCAGAUCCUCGGAUGGUUGUGCCUCCAAACCUAGCAGCCACGAGCUCCUCCGCUCCCGUGGCGGGCCCGACCACUGCCCCCAUGACUUACCCCAUGGCUCAGACGGCGCUGGGGGCUUCUCAGCCUGCAGCCAAAAUGGAGGCCCCGGCCAUCAGGCCUCCUGUCCACGCCUCUGGGGGCGUCCAUAAGAGCGCAGCCGCUGCGCAGAGCUCCUCGGUCGCAGUGCUCAACGCCAACCACAUCAAAAGGCCCCACAGUGUCCCUUCCUCAGUGCAGCUUCCUUCUACCUUAAGUACACAAAGUGCUUCUCAGAACUCGGCCCACCCAGCAAGCAAGGCCGUGGGGAACAACUUCAGCGCGACUCUGCCCUUCGGGCCCUUUAGUACCUUGUUUGAGAACAGCCCAAGCUCUGCUCAUGCCUUCUGGGGUGGGUCCGUCGUGUCAUCCCAGACACCCCCCGAGUCCAUGCUAGCAGGGAAGUCCUCCUUCUUGCCAAACUCAGACCCUUUACACCAGUCUGAUACUUCCAAAGCCCCGGGUUUUAGGCCACCGUUACAGAGGCCAGCUCCAAGUCCCUCAGGUAUUGUCAGUAUGGAUUCACCCUAUGCUUCUGUAACACCUUCUUCUACUCACCUGGGUAACUUUGCCUCCAACCUUUCUGGAGGUCAGAUGUAUGCACCUGGGACACCCCUUGGAGGAGCACCUGCAGCUGCUAAUUUUAACAGACAGCAUUUUUCCCCUCUCAGUUUAUUGCCUCCAUGUUCAUCAGCAUCAAACGAGUCUCCUGCUCAAUCAGUCUCUUCUGGAGUCAGAGCACCAUCUCCCACCCCUUCAGCAGUGUCCUUGGGAUCAGAGAAGCCCAGCAACGUUUCUCAGGACAGAAAAGUUCCUGUUCCCAUUGGGACUGAACGGUCUGCACGCAUUCGACAAACUGGAACUUCUGCUCCAUCUGUUAUUGGGAGCAACCUGGCUGCUCCCGUGGGACACAGUGGGAUCUGGUCCUUCGAAGGUAUAGGUGGCAAUCAAGACAAAGUGGACUGGUGUCACAGUGGGAUGGGGAGCCACAUGAUCCACAGGCCCAUGUCUGACCCAGGGGUCUUCUCCCACCAAGCCAUGGAGAGGGACAGCACAGGAAUCGUGACGCCUUCCGGUACAUUCCACCAGCCCGUUCCUGCAGGAUACAUGGACUUCCCAAAAGUGGGGGGCAUGCCUUUCUCUGUCUAUGGCAACGCGAUGAUCCCUCCUGUAGCCCCCAUCACAGAUGGUACUGGAGGCCCCAUCUUCAACGGGCCUCAUGCUGCUGACCCAUCUUGGAACUCGCUGAUAAAGAUGGUCUCAAACUCCACAGAGAACAACGGGCCUCAGACAGUGUGGACUGGAACUUGGACACCUCACAUGAACAGUGUGCAUAUGAACCAACUGGGCUGAGUGGGAUCAACUUGCCUAGCCAUGAGAAUCCCUUUUUUUGCAGAGGAGAACACAAGUGGCAGAAACAGUUUAUGUGCUCCCAGAUCAUUCUACUGAUGUGCUUGACUGAAGUGUGUAGGCUUUUUGCAGAAGAACUUAACUAACUGACCUUUUUCUGUGAACAUUGUGACCACCCAUUCCCCACCAUCAUAUGUUUCAACUUAGUUAGCCUUUACUCUUUCUUUUCCUCUCUUCUUUUCUUUUCUUUUGGGAUUAUUUUCUUUUUCCUUUUGGUUUUGUUUUCAUUUUGGGUUUUGGUUUUUUUUUUUUGGUUCUGUUUUGGGUUUUGUUUUUGGUUUGUUUUUUUUUUUCCCUGACAUAACUUUCUGUUGAAGCUGUCCUUUGGCUGGUUGGUUUUAGUACUGUAAACUGCUUCUGAGCAAACACAGAAAUUUAGCAAAAUUAUAUAAACUUGAUCCUGAAGUUUUAGAAUGGCAAAUAAAUGUACAAUUGUUUACAUAACAAAUGGCUAAGCAGAAAGUAAAAAUUUCAAUAUGUCAGUAUAGAGGCUCUACUUUAUGUAGACUUAAAUUAAUGUGAGAUAUGUACCUUCAUAUUCAGAAAUCUGGAUGUUUCCUUCAUACAUUAAACUAUUAAUAAGCAUAA